CCAGGAAGUUGAGGACUCGAAUUUCCAGAUGCCAACUUUUUCCUGCGUGAAAUUCCUUAAGUUUGUGUCUUUUGUUAGUGUGUUUGGUCUAAGAAUGAGUGGAUUUCUGGCAUGAUAAUAGGGGAAAAGAACUCCAAGCCGCCGGGACGCAGUGUGAGAGAGGCUGCAGACUGAGAGGGGGAGAUGUGAGCCGCUCUUUCGGACUUUUUUCAGCUUCUUCUGGCUGCAGAGUGAGAGCUCCUGAUGGAAGGGACGGGGAGAUAACAAGGAGGAGCUGAAGGAGCUAACAGGCUGUUAUGUGGCAAAACUGUCUUCUACUUCUCUGACAAAGACAACAGUUUAGCCCUGUUUAUAUUGUGUGAGAUGGAGGGGGAGAAGGAGAGACAGAGGCAGCUGGGGGACGAGAAGGAGAGCAACGAGGCGGAGGACGACCAGAGGAGCGACGACGACGCCGACAACGAGGAGGAGGAGGAAGAGGAUUCAGAGUGCGCGGCGCUGGUGUGGCAGGAAGGCUACGGCGAGGACAACCUGGGCCUUCCCAUCAUGCACUGGGAGGCGCUGAGCCUGCGAAUCGCUGAGCUGGAGAAGCAGGAGGAGGAGAAUAAGGAGAAGAGGGCAAAGAGCGGAGUUUCUCUGGAGCGAGGCAGAGCUCCGGUCAGCUGGACGGAGGAGAGAGGGAGGAGAUCAGAGAGCUGGGAGGACGGAGACGACGCCUGCAACAGCCACGUGCUGGCUCUCACCUCCCGGCUGCAGACCCAGAUGAACCUUCAGCUCUGCUUCAUCAACGACAGUGAAAGUGAGGAGGAGGGGGAGAAGGAGAGCGACACCAGCAAGGAUAGCGGCAGCACAAGGAGAGGGACGGUUCAGGUCCAGAAGAAUCCUCCGCCUGCUGCCAAGCCGGAGAAACCCAAAUCCAGAGGUUUCCGGAAUACUCUGAGGAACCUGCGGGACAGACUGAGGACAGACCACAAAACCCUGGCUACAGCUGGCAGUGAUCCUGAGGUCCAGAGAAGACAUGUGGAGCGCACUGAUUUGGAGAACUUCAGUAUAAAGGACCUGAAUGCUCUUUGUGCGUCUCUCAGCAAGACCAUACAAGACCUCAGCUCGGACCUGGUGGGACGGCUGCAGGUACGGGACCAGCUGAGGACGGAGCAGGACGCCAUGCUGCUGGAGGUCCAGGAUCUGACAUCGCUGUGAACCCCUCCCCCGGGCGGUCUUUAUGUCCCACAAACGUUUGUGUGUGAGAACAUUGCUGAAUCAGACGGUGCCACAGUGGCUCUACAAACAUCUCAGUCAGUCCCUCCCCAAGGGUCGGACCAGCCAAUCACUGUGAAGAGUGUCACUUCCUGAAAGACAUUCACUUGUUUGUUUUUUUAUGCUAUUGUCUCUUUUUUUAUUUAUAAAGAGGUGUAUGUCUCACACACCAGGAGUGGUUUAGAACCCCUGCGACCGAACCAGCUUUGUAUGGUCGGCAUGGUAACCAUGUCAGAGCCAUAUGGUAUUUCCAUCAACUUCAGAGUAAGUGGGACAACAUCCUUAAAGGAACACGCCACCAUUUUUCUUGGGAAAUAUGCCUUCUUGCUCCGAGUCAGAAAAGAAGAGCAGUGCUAGCUUCAUCUCCACUUCCUCCGCAUACGCUCUGAUUAUCCCGACACCUCUUGAAUGCAGCACAGAAGCCCUAUCUCGCAGAAGUGAGGUUGGAUACAAACUUUAUGGUUUUUUCCUUGGCCCUGACUACACCCUUCAACCAUGUUUCACAAAGAUCAGGACUGUAAAAUUCCUAAAAUCGAGCUAAAAAGACCUCCUGCGUGGAGGAAAAAAUGUAAAGGGAAACAUUUGAAAACAUUUUGCACAUGAAAAAUGCACAUCCAGUCAGAGUCGUAUUUGUACACUGCGCUCUAUUUAAUUACAUUUUUCUUUCGUGCAACUGGUCAGCAAUGGAGCCUGUGUUUGACGUUGGAUCUUAACUGAUUUUUAAAAAUGAUUUACCAAGUGACUCAGCUCAUGUGGACAAGAAAUGUGGAGACGCAGUUUUGUAACGUCCUCAGACAGACACCGAUUUUUGCUGUAAAAAAAAAGAACCCCCUUUGGAAGUUUUGAUUUGAGAGAAAAACCUAAGAUUGAGCUCUCCUAGUUUCUGUCACGUGUAAAUUCAGACUCUGAGUUAUGUAACAUGAGGGUUCUCUUUUGUCAACGAUAAAUGUUAAGUAUCUUUUCUAAAAACUGCAAUUUAAAAGGGAAUUUUGUUAAGAAGCUGCUGGUUCUGCCAACCGAACAAUCUCUGUAUUUUGUGUAGUCAUGUUCUCUGAAUAAUUUCAGAUUUCUUUUUUUAAAUGUGAUUUUAAAUGUUGGCUUUUUAAGGGGACUUAAUAAAGAACUGAAUGUG